CUUAGAAUAGAUAAAUUUCAUACUGAGAUCGAAUCCUUGUUUUAUAGAAUUAGACUUAUUCGUGGCAAGCGAGAAAUUGCACUCGUUGAAUAUGAACGGGGAGGAUUGAGGCAGGGGAAAAAAAUUAAGUUUACAUAUUACAGGGAAGGAAAGAAUCGCCUUUUUUCCUCACAUCAAACAUCAAACCGCGGCACCUGCUUUUCGGCAUCUUUCCAAAAUCAAUAAACAUGUCCAGUCUUUUAAUUGGUCGAAUUUUUGAAUAUUUUUUGGUACACUCAUUUAUUAAUGAAUGUUUACCUGUGCAAGCCCCAGAAGUGCAACAAAUUUGAUGGUUUGCUACGAUUCGUUAGCACCCAUAAGAAUAAAAACAAAAUAAUUUGCACGCAGCCAUGAAAAGACGCCAGUUGAUAGUUUUAGUCAUCAUCACUUUUUUUGUUACGUUUUUAAUUUGUGUUUUAGGGAGCCAAAAUCUGUACUUCGCUCAGCAUUCACAAGCCUCUUCGUCUCCGAAGAGGGAGAUUGCGUUUGGCGCCCUUUUGCCUCUCCACGUCAAGGACGAACUUCAACGAUGUGGAUCGGCUCAGAAACACCAAAAAGGAUUUUUAUGGUUGAACGCACUAAAAUAUGCAGUUGAGGAAGUCAACAGAAAAUGGAACAGGCAGCUUUAUAAUGCGUCCUUGACGCUGAAAGUUCGUGAUACUUGCAAUGAUGGACAAAUAGCAUUGGAGCAAGCUCUUGACCUUGCUAACAGUCACGGGAAAACAGUAGAGAUAUCCUCAUCGAGGCAUGACAAUGCUUCGGACGAUAUCAAACAAGUUUUCGGCGUGAUAUCUGCCUCUCAAAAUAAGGACGCCUCAACCCUUUUAGGCCUGUUUAAGGUGCCGCAAAUAAUAUUUGGAAGAGAAUUGGGAAGGAGUGUGCCUCAGAAUUCGAAUGAAAUUUUGCAAUCAGUAUCAGUUGGUUUCUACAAGGCUCGGGCGCUUGCAGAUCUCAUCAAAUAUUUUACUUGGAGUGCGGUAUCGGUGAUAUAUUCUACUAACAAUCGAGAAGACUACGAAAUCUUUUUGCGAAUAUCGAACAUCGAAAAGCUGUGUAUUGCUGUUACUGCUCGACUUGCUGUUGGGGAAACGGAUUCUACUCGGUUCGAGCGCGUUCUGGCGAAACUGUCGACCGAGCCUCAAUCUACUGCGGUUAUCGUCUUCAUGGGAGAUGCUGAAACGAAAGAGUUAUUGCAAUCUUUCAAAAACAAGAAGGCUAUUCCACAUUUCACCUGGAUGCUAGCAAACCAACAGAACGUGAACUGUUUUCAAGGCAGUACUCUACACGAUACUCUCAUCCUGAUCCCUCAGUUUCCAUUCAUGGAGGGUUUUAGGAACUAUUUCAACGACAAGGAUGAUGCUGUUGAAUUUAACGACGUUGUUGAAAGUCCUGGCGGUCAAAGCAGCUGUUUAAACAUUGGAACGCUUGACUCGCCGUCUGAACGAAGAAAAGAGGAAAUCCAAGCGUCCAUGAAUAGUGUUUAUCUGCUCGCACAUGCGUACGAAAAGGCGGCUCAAUCCCGCACACACCGACUUGAUCGAGCGGCGUUUUCCAGAAGUCUGGCGCUCGUGCUUGAUGUGCUGUACAGUCAGAACUGGAAGGUGUUCUCCGGUGAGUGGCGAAUGAAGGAGAACAUGUUUUCUUUGAUUCAUUUGCAAUCAAAUGGAUCCGUAAACAGUCUUGUCAAUGUAGGUACUUGGGAUAGCGCAUGGUAUAUCAAUCAUCUUGGAUUGAGGUGGAUCAAUCAUACAGUGCCAAAGUCCUUUUGUGGCGACCAAUGCUCUCCCGGUCACAUCCGGGUUUUAAAGGACAACUGCAAGUGUUGCUGGUCCUGCUCAGCUUGCCAUUAUAAUCAGAUUGUCAGAGAUGAUUUCACUUGCGCCGAUUGUUUGAGAGGCUAUUGGCCCAAUGAAGAUUUCACCAAAUGUGAAUUUCAGUGGCGGAGAACUUUCUUCGACUGCACUUUGGCCGUUUUAGCUGUGGUGCUUGUCUUCUCCUUCAUGGUCCUUUAAUUAUUUUAGUUCUUAAUUACAGUAUUACAAUUAUUUAAUUAUUUCAGGUAGUUUACUUUUGAAUUUUCCUUACUAACUGACAUCCUUCUUUAUCUCCUGACUGUUUGCCAACGUGCUUUAAUUGCAGCCAAAAAGAUGUCGAACACUUUUGGGAAUUGCAUUACAGGGUUCUCUAAGACUUCGUUUCUUACCAUACUGCGAUUUGUCAGACCUAUUUCGCCCAAAUGUGAUGGGAAAAUGCUUGAGCAGAUAAAAUCGCUCCGAUUCACAAUCGGAAAUCGUGGCGUGUUGGCUCGCGUGAAUGAACCACCUAAUCGGUCCUAUAACCAUAUUGGGGUGCUCGGCACAGAUUAUGCAAGAGGUAUGCAACUUUAUGGGUCGUACUUCUUCUGACGAACGAGCAACACCCUCGUAAAUUUUCCGUCGAUAAACACUGAUGCGUGGGCCAACUGACCUGGCUGUACGUGCGAACUUGCGGUACCUUUUGUCACAAAACUCGCACAAUGACUACAAACAAUAAACUGCGAAGAUAAAGACCUAUCCAAUACUAAAAUCUCCCAUCAAAGUUCACAACAAUCAGUUAAAGAAUUUAUAGAGCUUUACCGAAUCCUGUUUCGUGACCUUGUCAGUCAUGCAGGCUAAUACUCUAGUGAUCGGUUGCCAUAAAUGGAAAGAGUAGGGGAAAAUUAUAUGUUGCGGACUCUAGGACCACGAUGUCCAAAUGUAACUUCUUUUAAGGCGAUUUCUUGUUUAAAAAAAACUAAUAAGAUUUGUAUGCAAAAAAGUUGCCAAGUUUUGUGAUCAGCAUACAAAUCCUUAAAAUUUGUCAAAUCUUUGAAUUCGCCUGCCCGUUUUGUUCCGCGACCCUUACCAUGACUGACUAGGUCACGUGGUGGCCUCGUGAAAUAGUUUACUUUAGUUUAGUUUAGUUUAAUGAGUUCGUGACCAAAAUAUAAGAACAAAUUAAUUCGGAGACAAACAAUGAAAUUAAACAAAUACGUUAAUCAGUUGCCGAGUUAGUAAGUGCCGUUAAACUGACGUUUUGGGGAUAUUUUGCCAAGUUGUGGAUAGCUUUUCUAUUUUUGCAUUUUUUACCCAUUUUUAAAUAGAAAAAAAGAACUAUUGUCACUUGAAGAUUCACAUGCAAAAACAAUGCGAUGAUUGAUGCGUUUUAAGAGGCUGCUUAUUAGUCACAUGUAAAAUACAUGCAGUGUAUGUGUAAAGAAAACUUGUUAACGUUGGUUGACUGCUAUGAUAAUGUUGUAAUGCAACAUGGUGCAAAUAUAGCGAUCAUU